UGUGACUGGGGCGGGGCUACAGUGCGCACAGGCCAACCAUCGAGAAACCUUUACCAGUACUUGGCGGGCGGGAGGGCGGUUCCUUUGCUAGAUUGCCGGGCUGACUUAGUUUCUCCACACAUAUUUUCAAUGGCCUCACAUCAAGCAGUCGCGCUUGACGAGCACCAUGUCAUAACUGGCCUCGGGAGUGACCAACAUGCUGCUACAGCCAUGGCAGUUGGUGACUCUCACGAUGACCCCUUUUCGGCAUCGGCCUGGGAAAGUCAUCGGACCACCAUUACAGACUUGUACCAAACCAAGAACCUGCCCUUAAAGCAAGUUAUGCAGUACUUGAGAUCUCGGCACGGUUUCAAAGCCACCAUGAAAAUGUACAAGUACCGCAUCAACAAGUGGAAUUUGCGCAAAAAUCUUCGACACCGCGACGUCGAAGAGUUUGUCCGCUCUAACAAGACGCCCAAGAUCCGGGGGGGCAAGGCUACCCCCCAGCGAAUCGACAACUACCUCCAGCGGCGGAGGCGGGAGAGACCUGCCAAAAAGCACGGCCAAGCGGCACAGCACGUGGAUACCCUGUAUGAUGACCAGAAGACAGACGGCGCCCCAUCUACGGCCUUGUCCGUUGUCGCCAACAAAGUCCGACUUCCUGGGUCUUCCCUAUUUUCCCCGCGCUCUCCAGAUGGCCUCAGGUUGUUGGAGGGAAGCAUUCACGCAAUGCGGUCUUAUACUUCGGGGCACUUCGACGCCAAAAUAUGGGUGCUUGAUUCCCAAGGGGACCUGAAUGUGCCUGAUCGUGCUUUAGAAUGGCACGGCACUUGGUACACGGUGAGACACCUUAUGGAGGCAGGGAGAGCGAAGCAAGCUUUCCGCGUCGUGCAAAAGUGCAACCAAGUUUUCGGAGAAAUCCUCGUCAGCGACUCGCCUAGAUUUUUUAGCUCUGCCCUUCUCGUGUUCCUGGGCCUCAGCUCCACUUGGCCAGACCUGGCAGCCUCCGUAUUACGGUAUAUGCACUCGCUUUCCCGAAUCAUCUUUAGAGAAUCGAACCAUCCCAUGGUACAAUUCCUUUCCAAUAUCUGCAAAAUAGGGAGCUUUCCCAACAUGGGCAUACACUCGCGAAUGCUUCUGUCACUAUUCUUCAGAAGUUCUUUCCACUCUAUAGCAAAACUCAUGUUGAGAUAGUUAUUAACAUGGCACGGGACCUAUUCCAUCUCGGUAUUAUUAACGGUGACUCCGCAGUAUUGCAAAUCUUAACAAUUAUUCGGCAAUUAGAGGCGUCGGACGAGGUGGACCCUUACAUAAUUUUGUCAGCCAAGAGAGAACUUACAUAUGUUUAUCUGUGGAUGAAAGACUACGCCAACGCAUUGCGACUAGUAU